ACAUAGAUGAAAAUUCCUCGUGCUAAUAAAUAUUGCCUAAUUUUAUAUAAAUAAAUACCGUUUCCGUAAAACUUAUUGAACAAAACGCACCACACUGUAUUUACCAUAGUUAAAUCAUGGAGAAGCAAGAAAUAUGUCAAUAUUUUAAUAAAAUUAUUAAAGAAGAAACGGAUAUCUCUGCGGGAAUGGCUGCUAUUCGCAUUCUACUUAAAGUCUUGGAACAUUCAAAAUCAGAAACAGUUCAGGAACUUAGGUAUUGUCUGCAAAGUGCAAUAGAUGCAAUGAGAUCUACAGAGAAUCCUGUGACUGCCAUUGCAUCUGGCAGUGAAUUGUUCCUUCGUUUUAUAACAUUGGCUACUUUAGACACUCCGUCAUUUGCAGAAUGCAAGAGGAUCAUGCUUCAAAGGGGAAAGAUGUUCUAUGAGAAAUUAGUUGCUGCUAGGGGGAAAGUAGCCAAAGUGUCAGCACACUUUAUUACAGAUGGAUCUAAAAUACUUACUCACUCAAAAUCCAGAGUUGUAUUCCAAGCAAUGAAAGAAGCUGCUGCUAGUAAUAAGAUAUUCAAAGUAUAUGUAACAAGUUCUUCCCCGGACAAUAGCGGGGAAGACAUGUGUCGGAAUCUAACAGAAUUAGGUGUAUCUUGUACUUUGAUACUAGAUUCUGCAAUGGGGUAUGUCAUGGAACAAGUUGAUAUGGUUAUGGUUGGAGCUGAAGGUGUUGCAGAAAGUGGUGGUGUUAUUAAUAAGGUUGGCACAUAUACAAUGGCUAUGUGUGCUAAAGAAGUGAAAAAACCAUUCUAUGUUCUCACAGAGAGCUUUAAAUUUUCAAGAAUAUACCCUUUAAAUCAAGUCGAUCUACCAAAUGAAUUUAAGUAUACAGCAAGCACGUUAAGAAAAGAUUUACAAAAGGAACACCCCUUAGUCGAUUAUACACCCCCUCAUUACAUUAGUCUAUUAUUUACUGAUUUAGGUAUAUUGACUCCUUCAGCUGUCAGCGACGAACUUAUUAAAUUAUAUUUGUAAAAAAUUUGUACGUUAAUUAAAACCAUUAAUAUUUUUUCAAAA